AAAAAAAAAUAAAAAAAAACAGUGCAAGAAAUAUAGUGGAGUAAAACUACAACACGAGGACAGUGAGGCAGAGGUUAUUGAAAUAUUAAAUUUAAAGAGUGAGAUAUCAAAAUAUCACUUGCAAGUGGGAAACUUUUACAAAAGGAAGAAUUUUAUAAGAGAAAUAUAGUAAUUGAAAUAUUGAAAUAUUAAGGAUAUUAAAUUUGGAAAAUGUUAAUAGUAAUAUGUUAAAGUAUUAAUUGCAGUGUAAAAUAAUUUUAUGAAAGAACUUUAGAGAAUUAGAUUCCAGAGAUUUACAUUACAGAAAUAGAAAAAUACAAUUAACUGGGCUAGAAGAAUUAACUCGUCACUCGAUCAAUCAUCAAUUUUCUUUGGCACAAUAAUAUUUUUCUUAUUAUUAUCAAUUUUUAAUUUCGUGAUUGUAAAAGGUUCUGAGUAAGGAAAAACAUUAACAUUUCCAAAACUCAAGUUGAGAAAAUAGAGAAGACAUAUAUCGGAGACACAAAUUGUAAAAUAUUAGAAUAGCAAGUGAUAAUAAUUCGUAGAGAGAACUUGGGUAAAAAUUCUGAAGAAUCUAAAAAAUUAAAUUGAGAAAAUAUAGUGGGAAUAGUGUGAGAUAAAUAAUAUUACAAUUGCUACAAAUAGUGCGAGGAAAUGUCGAAACAUUAACGUUGCAAGUUGCAAGCACAAAUUCAUAGAGAAGAAUCAAGACAAAAAGUUCGAAGAAUCCAAGGAACUACAUUGAACAGAAAGUAUGAAGUAAAGUAAAGUAGAAAAAAUAUCUCGAAUUAUCGUGAAAGGAGAGUUUGCGGAGGAAACUUGAACAGCUUGAUGGUGCUUCGACGAUGAUAUCGUUUCCGACGUCAAAAGUUUCUUCAAACAAGCACGUGUACUAUAAUUCAAUAUAAGAUCCAUAGAACAACAGGCGUAUUAACAAAUUAAGGUUCCGAGGAGCCAAGAAAGUUCGAAGAAAGAGAAUCCAGCAACAUUGAAGAUGCUUGUAAAAUUAAAGAUGGCUAAUUCAAUAGAUCGAGUGGUAAUUCCCUUUGUUAUCUUGCUAGUCUGUAAUUCUACGAUGGGAUAUAAUAUUCUGUUGGCUACUAUGGGUGGUACAAAGUCGCACACGGUACCAUUUGUGGCGCUGGGUAGCAGUUUGAAGGCACGAGGACACAACGUGACUCUUUUAAGCGCGUUUCCAGGUCCAGCUGCCAACAACGGGUUACAAGAGUUUGUUCCGCCCAUCUUCGAGGCUUAUGUCGGCAAUUACACGUCAGAAUGGGAUCUGGUUGGUGCGAGAUUCCGAGAUGAAAUGCCUAUCUCCCCGUGGGAUGCAAUGCGAUACGCCUGGGAGGCAUGUGAAGCACUUCUUCGCGACGAAAUAUCAGUAUCUUGGCUGAGAAAACCUGAAGGCAAUCUUCAUGCACGAUGGGAUGUCGCGGUAGUCGACGGAGCCUUUCCCGAAUGCCUUCUAGGUAUUCUUCAUGGAGAGAAUGUGCCUACCAUCAUGCUAAACACGGUGGCAUUGUACAGUGGAUCCAUAAGUCGUCAAGGUAACCCGUCACCAUGGUCCGUCACACCGUACUUCGGCAAAUCGUUGACCCAGGACAUGAACUUCCUCCAGAGAAUUCUAAAUGCAGCCUGUCUCGCCACCUUGAGGCUAAUGCACUGGAUCAUGAUCAACGGAUACCUUCAACCGGUUCUAAGAAAGUAUCUAGGGGACCAGUUACCAGACGUACGAGAUCUGACUACGGAGAUUCCACUGACGCUGCAGAACAGUCAUUACAGCGUGGCUGACUCGGUUCCUUACUUGGCCAACGUGGUGAACGUCGCGUGCCUCCAUUGCAAGCCGGCGACGAACCUCGGCCCCGAUUUGGAGAGUUUCUUGCAACGCGUUCGCGCGUCAGACAUGCCAGAGGCGCUUCGUCAAAUCUUCGUGGCAGUGUUUGCCACGCUUCCGUGCAACGUCGUGUGGAAAUGGGAAGGAGUGAAGAUCAAAGAUCUGCCAUCGAACGUCAGAACAGCGGCAUGGUGGCCGCAACAAGAGCUGCUCGGUCAUCCGAAGCUUCGAGCGUUCGUCUCGCACGGAGGACUUUUGUCUUUGCACGAGGCAGCUUAUCACGCCGCGCCAACCCUCGUUCUACCCGUUUUCUGCGAUCACGAUGGAAACGCAGCUCAAGCU